GAAGUGGGCGGAGCUACGGGAGACGCGGAAGUACUGGAGCAUCACGGGAAAACACGUGUAGACUGUGGUGUACAACUCGUAAUACAAUUUUGUAGGUUAAUGCAUUAAUCUUCAUCUUCCGAGUCAUCAUGACUUCCAAAAACACAUUAAGCGGAGAUGACCGCUUCUCUAAGGUUAAAAAGGACCCUCGCUUCUGGGAGAUGCCAGACAGAGAGCGCAAAGUCAAGAUCGACAAACGUUUCCAGUCCAUGUUCCACGACGAACGCUUCAAGCUGAAGUAUACGGUGGAUAAACGCGGCAAACCUGUCAAUCACUCGUCCACUGAGGACCUCAAACGCUUUUACAAGCUCUCGGACUCCGAUCAGUCCGAUGGAGAUGAUGAUGAGGAGGAGGAGAAGAGAACAGAAAAGACCAAGAAGAAGAAACGGGCAGCAAAAAAGAUAGAGGCGGAUAAACAAGCUCAAAGUAAUGAAGACGAUGAGACGGAUGAAUCUGAAGAAGAGGAUCUGUCAGAAAAAUCUUUAAAGAAGUGCCAGAAAGAUCCUAAAAAAGCUAAACCCAGUACAAAGCUGCCAGCCAAGGGAGUGAGGGUGUUUGAAGAAGAUGAGGAUGAGGAGUCUGGUGGUGAUGAUGAUGAUGAGGAUGAUGUCAGCAUGGGGAGCACUGAUGAUGGGAGUGAUGAAGAUGAGGAUGAAGAUGAAGAUGAGAGUGAGUCAGAGGAAGACAGUGGGCCUGAUCUGGCCAGAGGGAAGGGUAAUAUCGAGACCAGCUCGGAUGAAGAUGAUGAUGAUGAUGAAGAGGUGGAGGAUUACCUCCGCCGUGAAGAAGAAGAUAUCGAGCAUGACUGGGGAGAGAUGUGGAAAGACGCUCCGUGCAGUGAUGAUGUGUCACGGCGGUUGGCGGUUUGUAACAUGGAUUGGGACAGAAUAAAAGCCAAAGAUCUUAUGGCCCUCUUCAACUCCUUCAAGCCCAAAGGAGGCGUGAUUCUGUCUGUGAUGAUUUAUCCAUCUGAGUUUGGGAAAGAAAGAAUGAGGGCCGAACAGACCCAGGGUCCGCUGGAGCUCACCAGCCUGCCGGAAAACCCGGAUGCAGACACAGAAGAGCAAAGAGUCUACAGAGAAAAGGUGCGCGAUUACCAGUUCAAACGCCUGCGGUAUUACUAUGCCGUGGUGGAGUGCGACUCCGUCGAAACCGCAGCAAAGAUUUACGAGGAAUGUGAUGGCUUUGAGUACGAGAGCAGCUGCUCUAAGAUCGACUUGAGGUUUAUCCCCGAUGAUGUGACGUUUGAAGAGGAGCCAAAAGACAAAGCUACAGAAGUGGAUUACGGAUCUUACAAGCCCAAAAUCUUCACGUCGACGGGCACCACCACAGCCAAGGUCGAGCUGACGUGGGACGAAACGGAUCACGACCGCGUCACGGCUCUCUCCAGAAAGUUCAACAAAGACGAGCUGUUGGAUAUGGACUUCAAAGCUUACCUGGCCUCCUCCAGCGAGGAAGAGGACGAUGAGGAAGAAGCAGAGGAAAUCGCACAAGCCGAGAAGCCGGUCGAGUCUCUUUCUGAGGAGAAACAGAAGGGGAAGAAAAGCUCGGAUCAGAUCGAUAAAUACAGAGAACUUCUGAAGAGCAUUCAGGAUAAAGACAAGAAGAAGGAUGACUCCAUUGACAUGGAAAUCACAUGGGUACCAGGACUUAAGGAAACAACCGAGAAGCUUGUGAAGAAGAAAAUGGAGGGCAAAGAUCAGCUGACACCAUGGGAGGAAUUUCUGCAGAAGAAGAAAGAGAAGAAGAAAGAGAAAAGAAAGGGAAAGAAGGAAAUGGUGGAGGCGGAGCCUGAGAUCAGUGAUGAUGAAGUUCCUGUUGAUGUUGACCUCAACGACCCCUACUUCACAGAGGAGCUCGGGACGACACAAUCUCUAAAAAACAAAAAGAAGAAGAAGAACAAGGAGGAGGAAAGAACGGCAGAAGAGGAAGAAGAGAUGAAGAAACAGAAGGCUGAGAUGGAGCUGCUGAUGGAGGACGAUGAAGAUGACAAACACAAACACUUCAACUAUGACAAGAUCGUGGAGCAUCAGAACCUGAGCAAGAACAAGCGGAAGAAACUUCAGAAGAGCAACACCCCACUGGAGAAGGACGAAUUUCAGGUGGAUGUUAAAGACCCUCGUUUCCAGGCUAUGUUCACAUCCCAUCUUUACAACCUGGACCCGUCCGACCCGGCCUACAAGAAGACCAAAGGCACGCAGAGCAUCUUAGAGGAGAAACAGAAGCGCCGAGAAGAGGAACAGCACAGCCAAGAGGAGGCGCUGAAGAGCAAAGCCGUCCAGGAGGAGCCCAAACCAAUGACCUCAGACGCGACUUCGGCUAAAGCCAUGGACUCUAAUUUAUCACUGCUUAUUAAAUCCAUCAAGAACAAAACUGAACAGUUUCAAGCACGCAAGAAACAGAAGACGAAAUAGAGCGCCUAUAAGAGACUCGACGUUUGCUGUUUGUAGGCUUUGAUUUAUUUUCAUGCUGGAAAAGCUUCAUGUUUUGUUUCUGAAGCUAUAACAGUAAAAUCAUUAAAACCUG